ACACACAGCCACAAAAGUUUUGACAGCUCGCGGAGGAGGAAAAUUUUCCAAAAUCGAACGUCGUCAACAUUUUUGGCAAAAUUUGCCCCCACGCGCGUCCCAAAAUGGAGUGAAUUCGCGACCGCCCGGUGCAGUACAGGUCCGCGCAGCGUUCUACAGUGGAUUCCGGCCGCGUCGUGACCGCGCCCGUCCGUCGCGAGCGAUUCUUGUUUGGCCCGAGCUAGCGCGGUGCUGGUGGAGUAGAGGGGGUGUGAAGAGGGGGGAAGGGAGUGGAAAGCAGGCAGGCAGGAGUGGUCCAGGGACGGAAUCGUAACAGUGCCCGACAACAGACGGGGUUUGGCUGGGCGAUAACAAUCGGAACCGAUCCGUGGUUGGUCUGGCCGUUGUCGACGGAACAGUUUUGGGCUUCAGUUUGCGGCAAGGCAUUGUCCCGCGCACCACCAGCAGCAACAACUAAAGCCAACUUUAUUCAAACCCCAGAGGCUAGACACAGUUUGCCACAAACGCCAUGUCGGUGCCGGCCCGAUCCCAGGAAGAUCCAUACGCAUUUACGGAGACGGCACCACUUCCGGCCAACACUUCCCUGUUCAAGCAGCAGCAGCAGCAGCAACCGGCGGCAACGGUGUCCGCCGCCAGCAGUCCCGUUGUGGCCACCACACCAACGUCGGUUCCGGUCAUCCAGGCGGGGACGAGUUUGCUGGCGAACAACAGUGUCAACCGGUUGAACCAUGUCGUGCAGCAGCAGCAGCAACAGCAACGGACGCUUCUGGGGACGACCGCGGCCAAGUUGGCACCGAUCAAGGUCACGCUGGUGCAGUCACCGACGGGUGGAAUUCUUGGAAAGGCACGCCUGAACGGGACCACGAUCACGUCCAGCCCGCAGGGGACGGUGUUCCGGACGGUGACGGUCCCGCAGGCCACGACGAUCGUGCAGCGGCCAAUGGCGGCGAGUAGUUCGGGGGCGACACCAACAGUAUUCACGAAACCCUUGCAGGUUCAAAUAUCGCCUCAACAGGCGGCGGCCGUCGCAGCGGCAGGCGGGAAGUUUACGGCUCGAAGGAUUUUGGCCAGCAAAUCACCGAACGUUUCACCGGUGACGGCUACGGCAGUGAGUGGGUCGGCACACCCGACUGGCGGAAUUCAGACGGUUCGUAUCGUGAAGACCAGCCCGGCCAAUGUGCUGCAGACGGUGGGCGCUGGAAGGACGACGGCCAUCACUGCGGCGGAUGGGACUCGCAGAUUCAUCAGUCAUUCCGGGGCUGCCAGCUUGCUCGGUUCGCCCGUCGUGGUCACGACGUCCGGUGCACCUGGGACGACCACUUCUCAACAACAACAACAACAACAACUACCCCAGAGUCAGCAGCAGUCGUCGCCGCAGCAACUGCCCACCAUUUCUCCGACCAAGAUCCGGCUCAUUCAGCCGCAACCUCAGGGCAAGAUAUUCCUGCACACUCCGAACAGCAGCAACUCGCUGGCUGCGGCCACCCACAUCUCAAACCCAAUCAGCAUCGCCGCCCUGCGUAACAGUCUAGCCAAGCAGAACCCGUCGUUGCUGAACAAGAUCGUCGUCCAGCAAAAUCAACAACAACAGUCACCGCAACAGGUCCAGAUUGCCGUAUCCGGUGGGAGCGCUGGUUCGCCGUCCACCAGCAAUGGUCUUCCCACGGUGCGAAUGAUUCCGACCUCGACGGCGGUGACCGCAAUCAACAUCCGGCGGGCCGUGUCGGCAGCAACGACGGCCACAUCAACAGUCGCCGCCCAACCGAAACGCCAAAUGAGUCUCGAAACGGGCACCACAACCGUGAUGGUCCCAACCAUGGCCAGGCCGGUAACGUCGUCAUCGGCGUCGCCCGCACCCGUCGUGGUCAAACAAGUCAAGGUCAUUCCUGCCUCAUCCCCGCAGCAAACGUCUCCGGCCACCAAUCGCCCACCAACGAUUCAAAUCCCGCAAACCUUGCUCCAACAGCGCGCCAAAACCCCGACUCAGUCGAUCCUGAAACCGCAGCCACCUCGCCCACAACUUCAGCCCACGGCCGUGGCCACGGUCAAAGCGCCCCAAAAGCUUGUGAUCGCAGCCCCGAAAACGGCCCAACAGCAACACCAACAACAACAGCUCCACCCUCAGCAGGUCAUGGUGCUGGCUUCGCCGAAAUCCCUCGGCGGAACAGGUCAACAGCAGCAGCAAGUCAUGGUCGUAACGGCGCCCAAGGGACUCGGCGGCCACCAACAGCAUCAGGUCGUAGUUCUUGCACCCUUCAAACCAGGUCAACUCACGGCGGUCAAUCGUCAACCGCAGCAGCUGGUGGCCACAUCGUUGAUGAAGCAGAUUCAGCAGCAACAACAGCAGCAGAUCUUGACCAAUUCCGUCGUGAAAACGAUUCAGAAGGUACAGCCGCAGCAAAUCGUAACGUCACCAAAACCACUCCAACAGCCACAGGUUGUGACCACCUCCCCGGUUGUCAAACAAGUCGUGCAGAACCAGGUCGUGACGAAGCCCACUCCACUGCAGCAGCAGCAGCAGCAAGUCUUGGCGAGUUCCGUCGCGAAAACGCUUCAGCAGCGUCAGUUUGUCGCUACUUCGGUCGCUAAACCGAUCCAACAGCAGCAGCAGCAGCAGCCGGUCGUGGUCACUUCCGUAGCCAAACCGACCCAGCAACCGCAACAGGUCGUGAAGCAGCCCGUGCAGCAGGUCGUGAUAAACGCUGCCCCGAAACCAUCACCACCACCACCACCACCUCAACAUCAACCACUGGCGACAAAGCCUCAGCAACAGUUUGUGGUUGUUCCGCCGCCCAAACCGGUUCCACAACCAACGUCCCCGCCGCAGCAGCAGCAGCAGCAGCAACCCCAAACGCCUCAGUCGAGCCCGGUGGCAAUCGCUUCGACUCCGCCUCCUCCAGCGGCCACACCUCCGGUUACGCAGGAUGACUUCACCAUUCCGUCGUUCAUCAUCCCGAAGCAGAAGGAAGCGAAGAAGCAGGUCGUUCCGGAAAAGGUCAUCGUACAGCAGCAGCAGCAACCGGUGAAACCGCAAACUCCGGUUCCUGUGGCGGCCAAGCCGACCCCAAUGGCCGUGACACAACCUCCGCCGACGCCACCUCCUCCUUCACCAGUAGUUCCAGUAGCGCCUCAAGUUCUACAAGCACCUCCAGCAGCCGUGGUGGCUCCACCACCACCGCCUCCGAUCGUCCCGGAACCCCAACUGCCCAGCACUUCGGCAAUGCCGAUCCCGUCUCCCAAGCCCAAACUCCCCAAGGAAAGCGGUGGCAAAUCGGUGAAACGCGCUGCCAAGCGAUCAUACAGUCGAUCCUCGCACCACGAAACCCUCGAGCGGAUAGAUGAACCCGUCGUGGCAGCCCCACCGAUUCCCAAGGUCUACAAGUGGACACCCCCAGGGGCGAUCUCGGUUCCGGUGAACCGCGAGUGGCACGCCCCAGACACGUGGAUCUUCGACAUUUGUCCGCCCGGAACGCGAUCGUUCGAAGAGCUGGAGAACGCACCGCUCGCGAUGGAUUGCUGGUUCGAGGAGCAGUACGCGAGUUCCGAGUUUGACGCGGAUUUGAUACGACCACGCAAGGUUGGCGGCCGGAAGGGCGGUGCGGUUGAGGCGCCCAUGGACGACGGUGAACUCGUGGAGCUGUCGCUGGAAGAACGCUCGGUGCAAAGGAAGGCGUUGAUGCGACGCCGAGCCGUCCAGUUCUGGAAGGCCCAGCGGUUGCGCGAUCCGGAACCGGCCCGCAAGCGGCUGAAAGCGGUCGCACGCGUGCUGCACAAGCUGGAGAAGCAUCGCGAGACGAUGCUGAGCAGAAACGGCGGCACCGAUCUGCCCAAGUGUCAACGCGCCGGGUGCGAGCGGGAUGCCAUGGUGGCCACGACCCACUGCCGGCAGCACAUUGCGGACAACACCGAGCAGCGGCUGUUCCAGCGGUGCACGGCCAAGUUCUCCGACAACAGUCAGUGCCAGGUGCCGGUGUUUGACAUCCGGCACGAGCUGGUUCUGUGCCGCGAGCACGCCUGGAAGCAUGACAAUCACGACAAGAUGUCCGCCGAAGUGAGGCUGCUGAAGAAGCCAACGGCUCCUGCGGCCAUCGCCGUACCAGCCGUCACUUCUGCCGCCAUUGCCCUGAAGAAGAAACCUCCCAAAAUGCCACUGGUCAAGGUCGUCCAACCGGUGUCCGUCGUAACUCCCGCCGCCGCCGCCGCCAACACCAACAAAAGCAGCAAACCCAGCAGCAAGAAAAAGAAGAAGCUCACUCCGUUCCAGCAGCAGAUGGCCCUGCACCAGCAACAGUACAAGCAGCAGUACGCGGUCAAGCCGACGUUGCCCCCACCACCUUAUCCAGCCCAGCAGCAACAGGCUCACCCCGUCAAGCAGCAACCGGCUGCUCUGUACCGUCAGCAAAAGUACCAGCCGCCAACGCCGGUACAAAAUCUGCCGGUACGCAAUCUGCACAUUCCGCUGAACCAGCCCCAACGACCCCAGCAGCAAAUCCUCAUCGGCGGCCAUCAGCAACAACACAUGAUCAGCCGCAGCGAAGAUUUGAUGCUCAACUACCAGGGUCAAGCGCAGCAGCAGCAGCAGCAGCAACAGCAGUACAGUCACCAGCAGGUGCAGCAGAUUCUGGCGGCUGCCGGGGGUGGGGGAGGCGUCACCGUGGGUGCCACCCAGGACUUGCUGAACAUUUGCGAAAACAGCUCGGCGUACGCCAGCUCCGAGGAUACCGGCGUCGGUGGGUUGUCCGAGUCGGAGCUGAUGGCCGCGCAGGAUGUGAUUGAGGAGAUUCCGUUCGAGAUUGGCAACCUGAACAACGUGCUGAGUCAGCUGCCGCCGGACGCUUUCAACGAGCUGCUGUUUAGUGAGCAAGAGCAAAACGGGCCCCCGUUCGAGUCGACCCGCGAGGAGGAGGAGGACCUGGAGCGGGCACUGGAGGCCGUCGGCGAGCACGUCAAGUCGCUCGAGGACAUGGCCGUCGAGUCGGCGAACCUGUUCGGGGACUUUCUGGACAACGUGGACGACGAGAUGCUGGACGGGCCGGACAUGUGUGCGGCGGCGGAACAGAUGCUGGUCGUGCAGUCGCCCGGAGGUCCGAACGACAUCCGCGGCCUGGUGCACACGUGAAUUGGUGGUGGUGGUCACUCGAUCGAAUUUGUCUGAAGGAAAUAAGUUUUUUCUCCUUCUUUUACGCGGUAAGGUUAUGUAAUCUUAUUUAUUCAGAAGGAGAAGGGAUCAACCCAAGGGUUAACCCGGGUUAAGUUCUGUAAUCGUAUAACGCUUAAGGCUUUAAUUUCGCGCGCUUUUGCUGCGGGGAACCCCCGCAAAAGGUGAGUGCAAAACAGUAAAAAAAAAAAAAGGUAAACAUAAAUGGAAGGACUUUAUUCGAUACUAAAUACGCUUCUUUACGAAACAAAACAAUACAAAAAAAAAACUAAAAAUCUACAAAAUGAAUUCUGUGAAUUUGUUUAAUGCUAAAUAUUACUACACUUUUGUAAGCAACGGUAUAAUUUUGCUCUUAGUUUGUAGUUCCUAAGUUCAACUUUGUUUCAGUGCAGAAACCAAGAGAUACAUGUAAAGUUAACUCCUAAGUUGUAUAGAAAAAAAAAAAUACACCGAUAGACACACCCUUGUACACACAAACACA